UACUGUGGCAUUCCAUCAGGAGUUGUCGGCAGUCCGCGCAGCUGUCCUCCGGGAGGGAGAAGACUUCUCCUGAGUGAAGUGGGGAGACCGCUACGAAAUUCUCGUUCAGUUGAAGCUCAGCGUCGUGCUUACGCAGCAACCGGUCGAAAGCUCCGCGGAGCAUGUGAAACGUUAAGUGAUACGUGAAUGAGCGUUAUGGUAACCUGUUGACUGUGAUCAUAAAUCUGUUCGCUCAUCCUUAAGAGGCAUUACCGAGCUUUUGGAAAUGGGAACUCAGGGAUUAAUGUGAUGAUAUCCUGGAGCCUUUGCGAUGCACUCCCUGUGGAUUCCCCUCGACACACAAAAAUAUUUAGGAAAUAAUUCCAGCUCGGAUCUUCGCAUUGUAUUCCAUAACGUAAUGAUAUUCAGGAAGAAAUUGAAUAUGAGGAACUGAGUGUACCAUGAAAGCUCAAGGGAACGUCCUGACAUUCCAAUUCUGCGCUCAGCCGAGGUUUUCGUUUCUUCGGAAUAUAUUUCCAUUAAUGCUGAUACUGACUUAGUCGAUAUAAAAACCGUUGUUUCCCAAGAGACAAUGCACCAAUAAAGUUCCUUCCCCAUUCAUCAUCAGCCCGUUGAUGCCGCCAGCCUCCACGAUGCAACAAUCUAAAAAAUGCCUCCUCACGGAGCUGAGACUAAUCACUCACUCGUCCUGAAUGGGAGCUCAUCAUUAUUGGAACUUGGUAUUCUCCUGCGACGCGACACAGUCAUGCAUCACCUGAAGAAUUACACCCACAUUCUGAACAGCUUCAACAUAACCGAGGAGGAUCUUGAUUACAUGAACAACUACAGUGCCAAUGCCAUCAACAAUUAUCAAACAGUUUGCUACUGCAGCGGAUACAUUCGUCAACUAGCUCUCUCCUAUCGUCUCUACCACGGCUAUGUUGCCCUCAUCGUCUGCUUGUUCGGCACUGUCGCCAACAUCCUCAAUAUCGUUGUCCUCACUCGCAAGGAUAUGGCCAUGGCACCGAUCAAUAGAAUACUCACUGGACUUGCAACAGCUGACAUGCUCGUUAUGAUUGAGUACAUUCCAUUCGCCGUUUACGAGUACUUGCUACUACCUGAGCACCAGAGAUUUCCGUAUUAUGGCGCUGUUUUCGUACUCUUUCACAUGCAUUUUGCUCAACUGAUGCACACCAUCAGCAUCGCACUGACUCUGUCUCUAGCACUCUGGCGAUACAUCGCUAUCAGAUUUCCACAGUACAACCACGCCUGGUGUACAGCCUCCCGGUGUAGACUGGCUUUGUGGUGUAGCUUCAUAACUCCAAUGUUCGCCUGUGCUCCAAGUUUUCUAGUAUUUCAAAUACAUAAGCAGCCGGUUAUAGAGCACGGUAAGGAGGAGAUUCUGUACUACGUUGAUGCAGCCAGUUACUCAGGAAAGGGCGUCCUGUAUCAGCUUAAUUUCUGGGUGUUAGCGGUGGUGGUGAAACUCCUGCCCUGUCUCAUCCUCACGGUCAUCAGCUGCUGGCUGAUAAAAGCGCUUUACAAAGCGAAGGGUCGCAAGCAGGUCCUCCGUGGUUACAACACAUGCACAGCGACAACCAACGGCGCCCCAUCCCGAAGACCAUCAAAGUCGGAGAGAAGAGCUGAUCGCACCACCCGUAUGUUAGUAGCUGUUCUAUUACUAUUUCUCGUUACUGAAAUACCCCAGGGAAUACUUGGACUGCUGUCGGGAAUUCUGGGUGAUUGUUUUUUUCGAAAUUGUUAUCACAAUUUUGGGGAGAUCAUGGACAUCCUGGCCCUGCUCAAUGGCGCCAUCAACUUCAUUCUGUAUUGCUCCAUGUCGAGACAAUUUCGAAUGACUUUUGGACAAUUGUUCAAGCCGAGAAUAAUGAACAAGUGGCAGCCAGCUACGAACCAUACCGAUGUUCAAAGUACUUAUGUAUGAUGUAAACGUAGGGUCUGCAGGACUACGAAAGUAUGAAGGACCAUUGGCUUCCUCUUAGCGCUAUAUUUGUUCUUUAUCUCUCCUGUUGCACCUCUAAAUGUCCUCAAGUGCAUCCGAAAAAAUCCAGACUAGAAUAUUACAAAUUAAAUAUCACAGUGAUUGGGUAGAUAAUACACAUCGAAAGUUGUUUGACAUUGUUGAACUAUCCUUCCAGCUAUAAUUGCAAAAGAUAAAGGACACCAAACAUGGAUCAAAAUUACGCUAAUUUUUUCCCAUCUUGUGAUAAUUAGAUUAAAUUACGUUAAAUAACUAUUUUUUUACCGCCUACUUCAUAUCUUAGUCAAUUUUUCAUUGGUGUAUCAUAAUCUACUUGGUCCUAUUGUAAAUAUUUUCGCAUUCACUCACUUUAUUCUAACCCUGGUGCUAGAAUUUAUCUAAAAAAUUUCUCUCCUCGCAAAUGUGAUAUUUUACUGUGAUAUUUUUAAUUUGUAAAAUUCAGAGGUGCAACCGCGGAAUCUUGGGAAUUUCCCCGGGUCGAGAUACCUUUGUACACGACCACAUUUAUCAUGAUAAUAAUUUCUGAAUAGCGAGAAGCCAAUGGCAGCAAACACAUUUUCUCAAGGACAAAGAAUAUGAAAGAACAGGGAUUAUUACUUUCUGCGCUUGAUAUCCUUGUGAAGACACUAACUAAGUAAGAAGUUUGUUUGCUGUUUGUCAUCGGGUUUCAGACCGUAGUCGAUGGAGACCCUGCUUACAAUUAAGAUGUUUCUCUUUUGCUUUGACAACGGGGAAAAACACUUUCGGGAGGAUAUUAAUUUCUACAUAGAGAAUUGUUCAAUAAAAAUUACGAAAGUUGUAGUUCCAAUACCAGUUGCGGAAUUAAAUCGGAAAAUUGAAGCAACGAUAACGAAAUUUUGGAAACUCUGGAAAAAUUUGGCGUGGAGUGUCUUCAAAUUGUAAUUUUUUAAUUAAAAAGCCUGGAGACCCAUCGGAAAACUUGUGUCACUUUAAAUAAAAAUAAUAUUUUUAAAAAACGUAACUUUUAGUGGAAUUCUCGCUCUGUCCUCGACACGAGGAAAUCAAAUAGACUUUCCUUAUUUGAAAAAGGAUCGAAGUGAAUUUCAUCAUUUCCAAGAUGGGCGAAAUGAGACGUCAGUCCUUCCAAAUUACUGUUCCCUUGGUGUUCUUACGUUUUGUAUUAAAUUAUGAACAAAAAUUGUAUAAAAAUCGAUGUACAAAGCAUACAACCCCGCUUCAACGAUAGGAUUAAGGGUGAGUGAUAUAUUUGUACAAAGGUAACUGCAUAUUUAGUAUUGUGAUAUGAUGAAUGAUAACGGAUACAAGGGAAUGAAUAUCACCUGGAUUUUCCCCGACUGAGCCCAGAGGAAAAUCCCAGUGAUCAAUUCGAGUCAAUGAAUGAUUGUAAACCUGCUCGUGGUGCUCCCACAUGUAAUAAAUGCA